UGAGCGUGCGCGCGCGCGCGCGCGCAUGUGUGCGACACUAAACUUUGUCGCCGUCGGUCGCCGUCAUCUCUUUCUCGAUACCAGUAUUAUCAGUGGGACGGGGACCAUCAGUUCAUUGGAGAUAGGUUAAGCUGUCCGUCGAUUGUCCCCUCGCGUGCGCGCGCGCGGCGCGAAGAUGCCGAAAAUCGACCGCGAGAGAUGUCCACCGUUUCCUCGUAUCCUUUAUCAGUGUUCUCGCGAGGUGGACAUCCGAGGAAGAUUUCUCUUCACGACAUGAAGCUAAAGCAUUUGUCAUUCGGAUGAAUUCGCUGUGUCGAUUUCGUAUCCCUCGUCUAUAUGUUCUUACGCUUCUCGCUAUUAAUCGUUAUUUCAUCGUUCGUAACUUUAUACUGUUGUGAUACGACAUUGUUGUAUAUGACAUUCGAAUAAAAGUGACCCUGAGUCUCAAAGCGUGUUGUGAAUUGAACUAGCUACACACCAUCUAUUCAGCCAUGACGCUGGGCAGGAUCUGUGGCAGAGCUAACUGACAGUAAUCUUUGUGUUAUACAUUCGCAUGUGUCACAGCCAGAUUAAAACUAGGUCCCAGAGGGCCUAGCAUGGGCCACUAUGAAUCCGCCCGCUGCCAGCAAAUCGAGCACUCGUGGCUCUGGAUACCACCAAAAGGCUUUAGCUGAGAUUCGCAACUCAUUAUUACCAUUUGCGAAUAUUGGCGGGGCUGGUGAGGUGGGUUCCAGUGCCGCUAGCACUAUCUCUACCGUAUCCACGACCAGUGGCAUUAGCUCUGCCUCAGGUCUCAGCGGGCUUUCUGGCGCCUCCGGUUCUACCGCUGAUAAAGCGGAUCAACGACAAGCGUUAGGACAAUUACUAGCUAUGGGAUAUUCAGAGGAAAUAGGAUUGCGUGCCUUGAAAUUUGCGGGAUGGCGAUUGGAUGCGGCAAUAGAGUAUUUGAAGCAGGCUCAAGGAGAAUCUCUAAAUGGGCUCGGCAAACUCAAUACCAAACUUAUCAGGAAGCCGAGUCUUGAGAGGGAAUUGAAUCUGCAACGUGGCAGUCCUGCAUUGGACAGUGGAGCAGGUAGCUCGCGAUCCGAUAGUCCACGUCUCACGGAACUCAGCACGCAUCCACAGUUGAGUCGCCAGUACUCGCCCAGUAAUUUUGUGGAUCGUGAACCGCCGCCGCCACCGCCACCUCGAUGUAGUUCCACGCCACCACCACCACCGCCACCUCACGCACCAUACAGUCAGUCCAAUGUGCCUUCCAAUAUGCAGCAGAUGCUCAAGCGAAUGUCACCUGCGCCGGUCGUGCCGACGAGAUCGACAACAACGGCAUCCGGCACGGCCGGCGCCACAUCAACGUCAGUAAAUCCACCGCAACGCGGCACUAGUCCGGUGGCGAAUGCCAACAAUUCGAGCAGCCGUCAGCCGAUGAUUGUACAAAAUGGUCCGCAGGUGCAGCAGCAACUGACACAGCAAAUGCAAGCUCUCAGUAUUUAUCAGACGAGCAAUAAUAAUGCAAAUACCCAAGUCGAACCUCCGCCACCGUAUCCUAUAGUUCCGUCCUCAUCGUCCGGUCAGUCUGUACAGCCGCCUUCUUAUAGCGUUUCUAUGCAAAAUCGGCAGAGCCCUACGCAGUCACAGCAGGAUUAUCGUAAAAGUCCAUCAUCCGGUAUCUAUUCAGGUCCGACAUCUACUGGUACACCCAGUCCCAUCACCGUAUCUACGAUAUCACCUAGUACUACGCAGACGUCGAUGGCACGGCCGACACCGUUACAAGCAUGGGGUGCGCGACAGGCGAAGACGCAGCCACCAAUUAUCAUGCAAUCGGUGAAAAGUACACAAGUGCAAAAACCAGUGCUGCAGACUGCUAUUGCUCCCACGGCACCUCAGUCAAUUUCCACUACUAGUAACACACCGCCUCCGCCUCCUUCUUAUGCGUCAUCCAUUCAGCAGAAGCAACAACCACCGCCUGCUUAUCCGCCUGUGAAUAACUCGUCACCGGUCGGUAUACCGACGACAGAACCACCGAGUUACGCCACGACGAUGCAAGCAUUAGCGGCGCAGCGCGGUAUGCAUCAUCCGUUGCCGCCACCACCUUACAGCACCCCUACUGAAGACACUGCAAUUAUUUCCUCCGCGAUAGAGAGUGGCAGCGCAUCGCGAACGUCUCCCGUUGCCCAUCAUCCGCCACUUCAGAGAAAAUAUUCGCCGGCUGAUAACUGUCAACACACGAUGGAUGCACCACCAUUGCCACCAGUUGCUUCGACUUCCGUGUCCACAAGGAACAACAAUAACAAUCAUUCAUCCUUACUCGAGGGCACUGUUGUUAGUACCAAGAGUGGUAAUGGCACCAAAGGUGACGGCAGUGGUGGUACACCCUCGUCCUAUAAAAUUAAGCAUCAAUCUCCUAUACCCGAACGCAAGACCAUGAGUAUAGAGAAGGAAGAGGAGCGCAGGGAUUGUAAGGUGAGAAAUUACUCUCCCCAGGCUUUUAAAUUCUUCAUGGAGCAGCACGUGGAGAACAUACUCAAGUCACACAAGCAGCGACUGUAUCGGCGUAUGCAAUUGGAGACAGAGAUGGCGAAGAUCGGUCUGAGUGCAGAAGCGCAAUGCAUGAUGAGGAAGAUGUUGUCACAAAAAGAAUCCAACUAUAUUAGAUUAAAACGGGCAAAAAUGGAUAAAUCAAUGUUCACGAAGAUCAAACCGAUCGGCGUUGGUGCAUUCGGCGAAGUCACACUCGUGAGAAAGCUCGACACUAACCAAUUUUACGCGAUGAAGACUUUAAGGAAAGCCGACGUACUAAAUCGCAAUCAAGUUGCUCAUGUGAAGGCCGAGCGUGAUAUAUUGGCGGAAGCUGAUAAUGAAUGGGUCGUCAAGCUUUAUUACUCAUUUCAGGAUAAGGAUAAUCUAUAUUUUGUAAUGGAUUAUAUACCUGGCGGAGACUUAAUGUCACUACUUAUUAAACUCGGCAUCUUCAAGGAGUCGUUGGCGAGAUUCUAUAUCGCCGAGCUCACGUGCGCAGUUGAAAGUGUUCACAAGAUGGGAUUCAUUCAUAGGGAUAUUAAACCGGAUAAUAUUUUAAUCGAUCGCGAUGGACAUAUCAAAUUGACUGACUUUGGCCUCUGCACAGGAUUUCGUUGGACUCACAAUUCUAAAUAUUACCAACAAAACGGCCAUGGUAAACAAGACUCAAUGGAUCCAGCUGAUGAUUGGAACAACGAAUGUCAAUGCAUACAGUUAAAGCCAUUAGAACGUAGAAGACACAGGGAACAUCAGAGAUGCUUAGCACAUUCUCUCGUUGGAACACCGAAUUAUAUCGCGCCGGAAGUCCUACAACGUACAGGAUAUACACAGUUAUGUGAUUGGUGGAGUGUAGGAGUAAUCUUGUAUGAAAUGUUAGUUGGUUCUCCACCAUUUCUUGCCAAUACUCCUGCUGAAACUCAAUAUAAGGUCAUUAACUGGGAGACAACGCUUCAUAUACCGAAACAGGCAAAUCUUUCACCGGAAAGUAUGGAUUUAAUCUUGAAACUUUGUGUUGGCGCUGAUCGUCGCUUAGGUAAAAACGCGAAUGAGGUGAAAAAUCAUCCAUUCUUCGCGAGUAUCGACUUCGAAAAGGGAUUACGGCGCCAAAUGGCCCCGCAUAUACCUCGUAUUGAAUAUCCAACUGAUACGAGCAAUUUUGAUCCUGUGGAUCCUGAUAAACUGCGCAAUUCUGAAUCGUCAGACUCGAACAAAUCGGACGAAUUGCUGGAUAACGGGAAACCGUUUCACGGUUUCUUUGAAUUUACGUUCAGGCGUUUUUUUGAUGACGGCGGUGGUCCCGCGUAUCCUAGUCGUAUCAGCUUGGAUGACAAUGACAAUCAAGGUCCCGUCUAUGUAUGA